UGGUCUUUAGCUUUUUCUUGUGAACACAUAGAUUCUGGUUUAAUUCCAUAGUUUUCAGAAUAGUUUCAUGUGUAUAUAAUGUUCCAGGCGAAACGGCGCAAGACAUAUAGGCAAGAGAUAAUAUCCAAUUAUCAGCCACGUUUCAAGGGGUUGUAUAAACUUGAUCCUAAAUUGUUUUUGCUUCCCUCAUUCCGCAAGGCGAUCAGCGAAAACACAGAGGAAAGCUUCAGACGUAUCAUUUCUGAACCGUUUCCUGGUGUUUUCGUCUUUAAAAUGUUUCAGCCUGAAUUCUUUGAGAAAUUGCUAGUUGAGGUAGAGAAUUUCAGAAAGUGGGCUCAUGAGAAAAAUUUCACGAUCAGGAGACCAGACAACACGAGUAAAUACGGUGUUGUACUUGACGACUUUGGCCUGGAUAUCAUGCUUAAGCAACUCAUGGAGGAGUUUAUCUUUCCUAUUUGCAAAGUAUGCUUCCCUGAAGUGUGUGGAACAAUGUUUGACUCUCACUAUGGAUUUUUAACUGAAAAUGGUGAAGAUAGGGAUGCUGACGUAGGCUUUCAUGUGGAAGAUUCAGAAGUGACAUUGAACGUUUGUUUAAGUAAACAAGGAGAGGGAGGGGAAAUAUUUUUCGCAGGCACAAGAUGCAAGAAACAUAUGGAUACAGAUCCAAAGCCAGAGGAAUGUUUUGAUUACUGUCAUAUACCGGGUCAAGCUAUACUUCACCGUGGCUGCCACCGCCAUGGUGCCAGAGCCACGACAUCUGGUCGUUGGGCCAAUAUGAUUCUUUGGUGCCAAAACUCUUUGUUUAGAGAGAUGCAAACUUAUGAGCCGGCAUUCUCAGACUGGUGCGGUCAAUGUGUCCAUGAAAUGAAAGAAAAGGAAAGCCAGAGUCUUGCUGCCAAAAGAAAGGUUACAAAAAAAAAGAAAAGACUUGAUUAAAUUUUGCACAAGUUUAUAAGAUGUUUUGUUUGAGCAUGGUUAUGAACCUAUGCGUGUCCUUAUUGCAGGAGAUGAUUAGGAUAGAGAGUUAGAGAGUGAAGCUGAAGCUCCACGAAAAAACUGAAGUUUAUGCUUUGCCAUUUGACUCUUUACUUGGAAAAAAUAAAACCCGAGUAUAUGUAGAAUCAUUUGAUAAUUGUAUGGCAUUAGCUGACGAUGCCUAAAAAGAGGAUAACCCAUUCUAAUUUUCUUUUGGUAACUAGCCGUAAAUGAA